AUGAAUAGUAAUUGGGAUUCGACCGCCGGCUCCAAAACCAGCAGUAAUCGCGAGGCCUUGGUAUACGACAUCGGCCUAACCCUGACCAUAUUCCUCAUGUUUGCCAUCGUCUUCUACAUGUACAUGAGGUUGAUGUUCCGCAUCGCACCAGUGGACCCCACUAACGGGCCGUCGGGCCCUGAUUCUGUUACUGUGACGGUUCAUCAAAGCAACGGCUUGGAUGGCGCCACCUCAUCAUCAUCAUCGAUAGUAUCGUCGUACCCGCAAUUCGCCUACUCGGAGAUUGGGGCCCACAAGAAUAUCAACGAAUCGUACGUCUCGGCCUGCUCGAUUUGCCUGGCGGAUUACGAGGAGGCGGAUUUGAUUAGGUUGCUUCCGAGUUGUGGCCACCUAUUCCACCUCAAGUGUAUCGAUCCAUGGCUAAUAGUUCAUCCCACUUGCCCAGUUUGCCGGAGUUCGCCAUUGCCGCCUAGUACUCCUCCUCUUGCUCCGGCAACUUAA